GGACAGGAGACGAAACGCUUCUGCAAACAGCCAAGUGGAGGAGGACAGGAGAAGAGCACGCGAUGUCAAGUAAGAAAGCGAGCGCGGAUGCGGGCAGGAGAAGCCGGAGCCCCGUCGUGUCGGAGGCUGAGAUGUUCGGCGAAUUUCAGGACUGGUGCCUUCGGACUUACGGGGACUCCGGUAAAACAAAGACGGUCACCCGGAGAAAAUACAACAAGAUUCUGCAGACGCUCCUGCAGGGCGACGACUCGGACGGCAUGUACAUCGAGAACAGCCACAUCAACGCCAAAUUCAAAUUCUGGGUGAAAUCCAAAGGGUUCCAGGUCGGGGGCGUGCAAGGCGACCACAAGAAAGGGGCGUCCGGGAGCCCGGUGCUGUACGUCCCCAUCAAAGCGACGUGUGUCGAUGGGGGCUCGGCCCCAGAAGGCUCCUCCCUGAAGCGGGUGGCUGUGGUGGAGGACUUCUUUGACAUCAUUUAUGCCAUGCACGUGGAGAUGGGCACGGACCCUGCCAAGGCGCCCAAGCACGCUGGUCAGAAGAAGACCUACAAGGCAAUUGCGGAGACGUAUGCCUUCCUGCCCAGGGAGGCUGUGACCCGUUUCCUCAUGAGCUGCGGAGAGUGCCAGAAGAGGAUGCACAUCAACCCCAGCUCUGCCGAGUUCAAAGAGAAUGACCGGCCAGCCUCUCUGGUCCCAGAUCUCAUCGACUACAACAUGCCCCUUACCACCACCUACCUGAAGCAGAUGAAGCUGCAGUGUAUGAGUGCCAAUGAGCAGGAUGAGAGUUCUGUGAGUAGUGAGGACUUUGAUAUGAGCGACCCCACAUGGAUGUCAGCUGAUCACUGCCCUGCGUCCGACCUGAGCCCCAGCCACGGAGACAGAAUGCACAGCCCGCAGAACGCGCACAAGGAGGAGGACGAUGAUUCUUCCUCAGAGAGUGGCAGUGGGAAUGGAAUGCACACCCUGACUACCCCAUCAGCAGGGGGUGUGCCUGCGCCCGAUAGAGGAAAUGCAGGGCCUUACAGUGAGUUGAAUGGCAACGGUGCGGUUGCUCCACUGGACUUCAGCACCACCUCCUCUUCUUCCUCUGAAGACCAGCAGCCCAUCAACUUGAGCGAGCGGUUGCCUGGGGGACCGCUGUUAGGCCCCUUUCAGCCCGAUCCCCCAGACGGCCUGCGCAGGAAGUACCCCAGCAAGCCCCUCCACCCCUCCGAGCUGCGGCUGGAUCGUGACAUCAGGGACUAUAGCAACAAGUCUCCGCCGUACAGCUCGGGAAGCUACGACUCCGUAAAGACAGAAGUCUGUGCCGAGGAUCUGACCACGAGCCGUGUGCAGGCUGCAGACGAGGACGACGACGACCACGACGACCACGAUGACAGUGACAAGAUCAACGAGGCGGAAGGCGUGGACCCUGAAAGGUUAAAGGCCUUCAAUAUGUUUGUGAGGCUCUUUGUGGAUGAGAACCUGGACCGCAUGGUUCCCAUAUCCAAACAGCCCAAGGAGAAGAUCCAGGCCAUUAUUGAGUCAUGCAGCCGCCAGUUCCCCGAGUUCCAGGAGCGUGCCCGCAAGCGCAUCCGCACCUACCUCAAGUCCUGCCGACGCAUGAAGAAGAACGGCAUGGAGACGCGGCCAACACCUCCACAUCUGACCUCUGCCAUGGCCGAGAACAUCCUCGCCGCUGCCUGCGAGAGCGAGAGCCGCAAAGCAGCCAAGAGAAUGCGUAUGGAUGUCUACCAGACCCACGAUGAACAGAUUGCACUAGACAAGCCAGGCUUGCGAGAGCCAGCCAGCCUGGCGCACUCGGCGUACUCCCUGGCUGCCUCGGCCUAUUCCCAGGACCAGCUCUACAUCAACGGUGGGCUCAACUACAGUUACCGUGGUUACGGGGGCCUAGGCGCCAGUAUGCAACAUCCCGUAACCCUGACAACCGGCACUGCGCAAAGCAAUGGGCCAACUGACCUCAGCAUGAAGUCUCUGGCUUCCAACUCCUCAUCAUCCAACUCCAACAGUCACGGCCGUAGCGGUGGCAGCGUGGCUGCGUCGUCACAGCUCAGUCCCACUGAGAUCUCGGCGGUCAGACAGCUCAUCGCUGGCUACCGCGAGUCGGCUGCCUUCCUCCUGCGCUCUGCGGACGAGCUGGAGAGUCUGAUCCUGCAGCAGAACUGAGCUGGCCCUGCCCCUUGGCCCACCCCCUCUCCAGCUGUACCCCCCCCCCUGCAGUUUGCUCCACUACUAGUGCUCUUUCUCCUCACUGUCCUCAGCACCCAUCCCCUGGGGGUGGGGUGUGCCCCUCCCUCAUCCCGCAGUUUGGUGUUAGCGGCGAGAAAGAGCGAACGCACUACAGCCUCGGCGUGGGGCUGUAUCGAUACUGCAGAGGAGAGCGGCUGGAGGGCAGCUGCACUGCUUCUCCAUUACUGUAAAAAAGAAGGAACUAGCUGAGACAGAAAGCAAGAGCUGUGAUCAAUCUACCUAGUGGAGCAUGCUCUAUGGCUGAAUGUAGGGGAGCGCUUGCUGCUGGGAUGGGAGGGGCUUGGCACUUUUGGCCCCACCCACUCCUGGGUAGUGGAGAGACAGUGCCAGUGAGAUUAAACAGCACCCAAUUGCCCUGAAAAUAAAAAAAAAAAAAAAAGACAGACUGUGCUUAAUCACCAACUACAACUGUUUCCUUAAUGAAAAAAUAUUUUUAAUUUAAUUUGUAUGCUUUAAGGGCCAUCAAUUUUUUU